AUGGCGUCUGAGAACUACGAUGCUAUCAUUGUGGGCUGCGGAUUCGCUGGCAUCUUCCAGCUCAAGCGGCUACGGGACGACUUGGGAUUGAGAUGCUUGUGCAUCGACCAAGCUGGCGAUGUUGGCGGAACUUGGUUCUGGAACCUCUACCCUGGUGCCAUGUCGGACACAGAGAGUUAUGUCUACCGCUUCUCUUGUGACAAGGAUGACCUGCAGAGCUACCCAUGGAAGGAGCACCAUGUCAAACAGCCAGAAGUGCUAGCCUACCUCAAACACAUCAACGAAGCAUGA